UGCAAUAUCUAAGCUGCCAUGGAUGUCUCUUCGAAAUGGCUCCCUUUGAGUCUUCUUCUCAUGUGCAUAUUCCUCCAUUUGAGUGCAAUCAGUCUUGGAGAUGACAAGCUUGACAAAACUAGGUACCAUGACGAUGAUUGUCGAUUUGGGGGCCGACGACGAUGUGGUGGUAGGUGGGGUGGUCGUGGAGGGGGGCUAGGAGGUAGUCACGGUGGUGGUUUUGGUGGUGGAAAAGGUGGUGGCAUUGGGGGAGGUAUUGGAGGAGGAGGGGGUUUAGGUGGCGGUGGAGGUGUUGGAAGUGGUGUAGGUCAUGGUGGUGGUAUUGGAGGGGGUGUAGGAGGUGGUGGUGGAUUUGGUGGUGGGGGAGGUGGUGGUGUUGGAGGCGGUUCGGGUCAUGGUGGAGGUUUUGGAGCCGGAGGAGGUUUAGGUGGUGGAACUGGAGGAGGAAUUGGGGGUGGCAGCGGCAGUGGUGGCGGUGGAGUUGGUGGCAGUUUUGGGCAUGGUGGAGGCUUUGGAGCUGGAGGUGGUGUAGGCGGUGGAGGUGGAGUUGGAGGUGGCGGUGUAGGUGGAGGAUCUAGCCAUGGGGGUGGGUUUGGUGCAGGUGGUGGAGCUGGUAGUGGUGUUGGAGGUGGAGGAGGAGCUGGAGGAGGUGGUGGUGGUGGUGGUGUAGGUGGAGGGUCAGGUCAUGGCGCUGGGUUUGGUGCAGGUGGGGGUCUCGGAGGCGGUGGUGGUUCUGGAGGAGGCAUAGGGGGUGGUGAAGGAAGUGGUCAUGGUGGUGGCCAUGGAGGAGGCAUUGGAAUUGGUAUAGGCAUUGGGAUUGGAAUUGGUGGUGGUGCAGGCCAUGGAUCCGGAAGUGGGUCUGGUAGUGGCGGUGGUCAUUGAGAGUUAAAACUCAUGAUGCCUCAAAAUAUGUACUUUUGCGUACCUGAACAAAUUUAUUAAACUGGAACUCUCGUUUUAGAGUUAUCGUAUUAACAAUAUCACCAUCUUAAUAUGUGAAACAGUGGCCUUUACGCAAAAGUCUAGAGUUGCCACAGUCACACUACUUCAAAUGGUGUUCCUUGAUGAUUUGGUUUGGGGCAGUUUUCAUAUGAUUUUUCUUGAGUUGUCUGUUUGUUGUAAUGAGAAGUGUCAUAGUCAUUUGAAUUGCAAUUUCCUCUUGUAGUUAGUGACUUUGACAUUCUUUUUCCUCUUAGCUUACCAGAAGUAACGUAGUUGUCAAAAUCAUUAAAAAGCUGAAAGGCUUUCGUUCUCAU